UGAGGAAGGGCUCGGGCGGACCCCGUCGCCCAGCUCCAGAGUUCCUAGAGCCGGUGUGUUCCACCUCGGAAGCCCCUGCUGCCAGCGGGGGAUACGAACGCCACGCCCACUACGCCCGUAGGCCCACUGGCGGGAAAGUGCGUGGUUGGGAGUAGGGUUGCUCCCCGGGGGCCUGGACCGGACGGUCUUCCUGAAGGUCGAGGCAGGGCACCCAGGGAGGCAGGGAGCUCUCUUUAUCCAAGGACGUGGCCCCCUGUAUGGGUAGUGGGGGCCACAGGCUGGGACACCCCUGAUGUCAGAAGUGAGUGAGCAGGUUGACUGACCACAAGCAGUCCCUCAGCAUCAGCAUGGACUCCAGGAUCCCAUCUGCUAGGAGCUGGAUCAGCAGCCACCCACCCACCUCUGAACCUGACCUGGAGCCUGCCACAGAUGGGCCAGCUUCCGAGACCACCACACUCAGCCCAGAAGCCACCGGCUUUAAUGACACCAGAAUCCCUGACGUGGCUGGUGGCACAGCCGGCGUGGGCACAAUGCUUCUGUCCUUUGGGAUCAUCACAGUGAUUGGCCUGGCUGUGGCCAUGGUUUUGUACAUCAGGAAGAAGAAGAGGCUGGAGAAGCUGCGCCACCAGCUCAUGCCUAUGUACAACUUCGACCCCGCGGAGGAGCAAGAUGAACUGGAGCAGGAGCUGCUGGAGCAUGGGCGGGACACUGCCUCCGUGCAGGCCACCACCGCUGUGCAGGCCACGCAGGCCAAGGUGGGCACUGACCAGGCUCCUCCACCCAGCCUGCAGCCUGUAUGUGGCUCUUCCACCCACACCCUCCCUCCUUUCCCGUGUAGCUUUCUAGCACCUGCCAUGUGGUCAGGUGGCAGCUAUCGGGUAUAUGGAUUUUGUCAGGUUUGUUUAGAAACUAGUAGAAUUGCUCCUCGGCCACCCAGAGACUCACGGCACAAGGCCAGGCCAGGGCAGCCCUGGGAUCCAACCUGGCUCUGUCCCGAUAGCCUGGUCACCUUGGAAGCUCCACUGGCCUCUCUGAGGCACAGUUUUCUCAUCUGCAAGUGA